AAGAAACACAAACAUAAAAUACAACAAACAACAACUCAUUAAACAGAUGACCCAUCUUCUUCUUAGACGAUUCAAUUCAAACCAGAAUCAAGACAUGUCUCUUUUUUUGUAUAACAGUCUCUUUUUUUUCUUCUGAAAACCUUAGAAACAGUCUCUCUAUCUUGCUUCUUCCCUAUAUAUUUUCCAUAAUUUUUAGUAGUAAGACAUUCUCUUGGCGAUUCUCGAUCGAUAGUUUCAAAGACUCAGGACGCUGUAGUGGAAAAUAAAUUAAUAUACAUUUUACACUAUGCUAAAAUGCGAUCGCUCUUAUUGAAAGUCCCCUAAUACAUCUUAUCCUAAAAGAGAUGUAGCUCUUCCAAAGAGUAAGAUAUGCCAGUGGUAUUAUUAGAUAGUAGAUAUAAUAUGUAAAUGAGUGGCCUGAAAAUUUAGGACAACAAAGGUCCUUAACUUGAGUGGCUGAGUUAGGUAAACAAGAGUUGUUGAGUGAGUUCUUGUUUGCUUGCCCAUCUUCUGUAUAAGACCUGACGAUUAAGUGCGAGACAGCUGUGCACAUUGCCUCGAGGAGCGGCCAGUUUAUGGCAUUUAAGGUUCUUUUAGGAUGGCUUCGGAGAGUGAACAGGGAAGAAAUCUUGGACUGGAAAGAUGAAGAUGGUAACACAGUCUUUCAUAUCGCUGCAUCCAUGAAUCAAACUGAGGAUAUACGCUCGAUAAUGAAGUUGCUACGUAGGACGGUUAACGCAGAAGCCAAGAACUCCAACUGUAAGACCGCAAUGGACCUACUCCCAACUCCCACGUCUCCUAUUUUCACCAGAGCAACUAGGCUUCUCCCCAGUGCUCUAGAAAUACGACUUUUCCCUCUCUCGAUGACUCUUGCGGGAUAUUUAAGCAGAAAAACAUCGACCAUUGAGAGGAAAAACAAGCUCUUAGGGGUGAACAAUUUGAGCAAGACCAGACACGGGUCUCAAGAAUCAAGCGAUUUUCGUAAUGCGAUACUAGUGGUGGCUGUAUUGAUAGUAACAGCCACAUACCAGGCCGGUCUUAGUCCUCCUGGCGGUUAUUGGCAAGAAAAAUCUCCAGAUUCGGACAACGAUGGUCACUUAGCUGGGCAGAUAUGACAAUGUCUUUUGGCCUUGCCACAAUACUAUCAACAGUCGAAGUAGUUUAAUCUCAUAGUAUUGUUCUUACUAGUGGAAAAGAACUUUUGUGACUGAUACAUUAGAAUGUUUCUCACCAGAAGAUUCGAUUCAAAGACUAAAAGUAAGAACAUUAAUAGACAAUGAUUCUCAGAGUUUUGCUGAUCAAAAUGCACUUGUGAGAACAAAAUUUUAAGAUGAUUUUAGUCAUCACUUUUCUUCUGCGGA